GGUUGGAAGAGAAGUGCAGCCACAGUAGGUGCUAACUGAACUUCAAGGUUGCCUGAGCACCUUGGUAGUCACAAAAACCACCAUCCUUCUCCUCGGGCAAGGAUGUUCUAUCUGUCACACAUGUGGAGUGCUGUCCUUCUUUGGGGGUCUUUCAUUCCAAAACACUCUUUUGAUCCAAUCUCUCCUUUUGGAGAAGCCAACAGAUCACCCCUCAUCUUCCCAGGCCUUCUUUAAGAAUUGUCUUAGUGGAUCAAACCUUGUUUGCCAUCUGCUGCAAAGAGAGGAGUGACAGGCAUAGUCCAGUAACAGCAUUAGGCUCAAGGGACACAUUGUUACUUACCACCCCUAACUGUCAUCAGAACAAUGAAGCUAGAGCCACAGUGGAGGUCUGUUUGUGAGCUAGAGACAGCAUGCCUGGCAUAUCCAUGUUGUAACUUUGAUUUGAAACCAACUGCAGUAAUGUUCCUUUGAGUCAUAGCAUGAAAGCAUCCUUCAUUUCCACUUUUAGAUAUUGUCUUGAGACUCUCUUAGUGCUGUACGCUAAAGUCACUUGUGACUGACCCUGGUGGAGCUCUUAUGUCUGCCACCUCCCACCCUCUGGAGGACCCUGGAAGAAGAAGAAAUACAUAUCUCUCAAUCUCUUAGAACAUGAUCUAAGACUUAGUCCUUCUUCACUGACUUCAGUUUCCUUCUCUGCUUGGAUGUGGAACCCUGGCCUUCCCCUCUAUCCUUGGGUGGGAACUGAGGGAGAGUGACUCUCUGUUCAAGACCCUGGGCUUCAGCUGGUCCCCAUAGACUUACGGCUUUCUUUGCCCUUCCUCAGAGUGCUGGCCCUCAAAAGGCUGUCUGCUUCCUUCCACCUCUUUGGCUGUAGCACAUCUAGGCCAUUACAGACUCCAGAAUUUCAGAGGAAAGGUCUAUGUCCAGCUUCAUGGUAUUUUCUAGGGCUAUUCUAGGAUGUGUCCAGUUUCCAGCAGGUUGAAAGACUUGAGAGUGGCCGGGGGAAAUGUCCUUUUGAGCCAGCUCAACGGUCAGCAGCUGUAAUGGCUGGGGGCGUCCUCUACACCGCCACUGUGAAAAACUUCCUGGGGACUGAGCCGAUUAUCUCCCGUGCUGUGGGUCGAGCUGAGGACUGGAUUCGAACAGAGACCUUGUCAUCCUGGCUCAAUGCCCCAGCCUUUGUCGCAGCUAUGGUCCUGAGCCCGGCUGAGUGGGGGGAUGAAGAUGGAGACAAUGAAAUCUUCUUUUUCUUCACGGAGACCUCCCGAGUGUUGGACUCAUAUGAGCGCAUCAAGGUCCCACGAGUGGCCCGAGUGUGUGCGGGGGAUCUUGGGGGCCGGAAGACCCUUCAGCAGAGAUGGACGACUUUUCUAAAGGCCGACCUGCUGUGUCCAGGACCCGAGAAUGGCCGGGCCUCGGGGGUUCUGCAGGAUAUGACAGAGCUUCGACCUCAGCCUGGAGCGGGGACCCCCAUCUUUUAUGGCAUCUUUUCCUCCCAGUGGGAAGGAGCUGCCAUCUCUGCUGUGUGUGCCUUCCGACCCCAAGACAUUCGGGCAGUGCUGAAUGGUCCCUUUAGAGAGCUAAAACAUGACUGCAACAGGGGACUACCUGUCAUGGACAACGAGGUGCCCCAGCCCCGACCUGGAGAGUGUAUCACCAACAACAUGAAGCUCCAGCAGUUCGGAUCCUCACUGUCCCUGCCAGACCGUGUGCUCACCUUUAUCAGAGACCACCCGCUCAUGGACAGGCCUGUGUUUCCAGCUGAUGGCCGGCCCCUGCUGGUCACUACAGAUACAGCCUAUCUCAGAGUUGUGGCCCACAGGGUGACCAGCCUCUCAGGGAAAGAAUAUGAUGUGCUCUACCUGGGGACAGAGGAUGGACACCUCCACCGGGCUGUGCGCAUCGGAGCUCAGCUCAGUGUCCUGGAGGAUCUGGCCUUGUUCCCAGAACCACAGCCGGUCGAGAGCAUGAAAUUGUACCGUGACUGGCUCCUGGUGGGCUCCCAUACUGAGGUGACGCAAGUGAACACCAGCAACUGUGGCCGUCUCCAGAGCUGCUCAGAGUGUAUCCUGGCCCAGGACCCCGUGUGUGCCUGGAGCUUCCGGCUCGAUGCUUGUGUGGCCCAUGCAGGCGAGCACCGUGGGAUGGUUCAAGACAUAGAGUCAGCGGAUGUCUCCUCUUUGUGUCCGAAAGAACCUGGAGAACAUCCGGUAGUGUUUGAAGUUCCGGUGGCUACCGUGGGCCACGUGGUCCUGCCAUGUUCUCCCAGUUCUGCCUGGGCAUCCUGUGUGUGGCACCAGCCCAGUGGAGUGACUGCACUCACCCCCCGGAGGGAUGGGCUAGAGGUGGUGGUGACCCCAGGGGCCAUGGGGGCUUAUGCUUGCGAGUGUCAGGAGGGUGGAGCCGCCCGUGUGGUGGCCGCUUAUAGCUUGGUGUGGGGCAGUCAGCGGGGGCCCUCGAACCGGGCCCAUGCCGUUGUGGGAGCUGGGCUGGUUGGCUUUCUCCUGGGUGUCAUUGCAGCAUCCCUCACUCUCCUCCUGAUUGGCCGCCGUCAGCAGCGUCGGAGACAGAGGGAGCUUCUAGCUAGAGACAAGGUGGGCUUAGAUCUGGGGGCUCCACCUUCUGGGACCACAAGCUAUAGCCAAGACCCUCCCUCUCCUUCGCCUGAGGAUGAACGGCUGCCCCUGGCCCUGGGUAAGCGGGGCAGUGGUUUUGGUGGCUUCCCUCCACCCUUCCUUCUGGAUUCUUGCCCGAGCCCGGCCCACAUCCGCCUCACUGGGGCCCCUCUAGCCACGUGUGAUGAGACCUCCAUCUAAAGCCAGGAAGAUGACUGCCAGUCAUGAGCAAUCUCUGGAACUAGCGCCUACCAAGACUAGGGUCACUGAACCUAGGAGAUGACCAUGGCUGCUUCGUUUUCUUGGAGUAUGUGUGAUCACACGUCAGUGUCUGUCCUCUGGAUUUGGAUAGGCUGAGGGCCAGACCUUUGUCUUAUCAGAUCCCGUGAGAGAUCAACCCUGUAACCCUCUGCUCUGGCCGCUUGUCUUGGGCCCACCAGCUUGUGGGGUGGAGCAAGGACACAGGCUCUGAUCUGCUUAUAGUGGGCCCCAGAAAGAGGGAGCACUGUGGGGAAGUUGGGGCGCGUGUGCCCUGCAUCCUUGUGGUGGCUGUAUGAUUUCAGUUUGCUGACUCUGGGGAGCGCAUGAUCCCCUGACUGCCUUGAGAUCUCCCCCAACUCAGUUUCCCUUUGUUCCUGGAAGAGUGUCUAUACACUGGUGUGCCUAGAAGACCUGUCCAUGUGUGCAUGAAUGACAGGGCCAGUGCCUAGGUGCUCAUGGGGGUUUGGUGAGGAAGGUUGGAACGGGGGACAACUUUAUCCUCGGUGGCCGGUGAGGGAAACCCCACACCCCCAUCACCCCACAGCGCUUCUUUAACUUUGAGCAAAGUUCCCCAAGUGACCUUCUGAUGGGAAGGGCAGCAGGACCCUGCCCGUGUGGCCCCGCCCUUCUUCUUGUCUUUUCCUCUGGCUGCCACCACUGCCGUGCCACCGCUGCGCUUUCCCUGGCUGGAGUGGAGGCUGAGCCUCUUUCCUUGGUUUCCAUUUAAAAUGAACUUCACAACAUUCUAAAUAUUGGGGGAUGACAAAAAGAACCCAGAAAAGUAUGUAGGAAAUACAGCAGGUUAAAGAUUUGCCUCAGUGACUUUCACCCUUGCCCUAAAGUAAGAGUCCCCCAGCUAGGGUCCAUGGACUCCCUGAAAUUGUAUGCAAAGUAUCUGUCCAUGUGUGUCGUGUGUGUGUCGUGUGUGUGUCAUGUGUGUGUCGUGUGUGUGUGUGUGUGUGUGUGUGAUGGCUUUCAUCAGAUUCUCAAGGCCUUAAUGAGGUUAAAGGACCACCACAGCCCAUAGUCACAACACUUGGGCCACAUGGAGGAGGUGCUGCUCUGAGGCAGUUCCUCCCUGGCCUGCUGCCUGAGGCCAGUCCCUGGACACACUGCUGCUGGAGAGCCCACGUCUCUCCAGUUCUUGGAAGCUAGGCUCUGCACGUGCGCGAAGAUACCGUCAUCCCCUUUCUUGCUUCCUCAUCCCCGUGUGUGCUGCCUCUCCUCAGUCCUGCUCUUGGCCUGUGAAUGUGCCUCGUCCAUCCCUGGUGAGGGACCUCAAACCCCGGUGAUGAUGCAGCCCUUUCCAGUUGAACUUUCUCUUCUACUUUCCUUGACAGCAGCCUGUGAACUACUCAAGAGUCCCCUUGGGUUUGGAGUUACCAGUGGCUUUGAGUAGGAUCUUUGGCACGUAGUCUAACCUAGGGACAUUGGUUAUUCAUCUGUAAUGUGGGGAUAUACCUACCUCAGGGUUGCUGCAAGGAUCACACAAGGAAAUGAAUCAACAAUAAAGCAUUACCCAUGGCAGUCGA